AUGGAAUACGACGACCGGCAGAGACGUCGUCCCCAAGGAGGUUCACCAGGCCGUUGCUGCCCCAAGACCAAGUGCACCAUCCCGUUCAUCGACUGGUGCCCAACCGGCUUCAAACUUGGUAUCUACUACCAGCCACCACAGAACGUACCCAAAGGCGAUUUCACCAAGAAAUCUCGCCAAGGCAACCGCGCCGUGUGCAUGCUUUCCAACACCAACGCCAUCGCCGAGGCUCGGUCCGCUCUUUCUCACAAAUUCGAUCUCAUGCUGUGCGACUUCGUUCACUGGUACGUCGGCAAGGGCAUGGAGGAGGGCGGAUUCUCGGAGGCUCGCGAGGACUUAGCUGCGCUCGAGCGCGACUACGGAGAGGUCGCUGCCGACUCCGCCGAGGAUGAUGAGGGCGGCGAGGUUGAGUACUAG